AUGCACCACCGGCCGUUCGAACUCACCCUGGCGACAAACGUCACUUUGGAUCCAGAGACAGCGCAUCCCUUGCUUGUCCUGUCCGAGGACUCUCAAACCGUGAGGCACGGAGAUGCAGCUCAAGAGCUACCUGACAAUCCUGAGAGAUUUGACCAAUUUCCUAUCGUGCUGGGACAAGAGAGAUUCACAUCAGGCCGACAUUUCUGGGAGAUUGAUGUAGGGACUGAGGAAGGCUGGGGUGUGGGGGUUGCUAGAAAGUCUGCAAGGAAAACGAGUAGGAAUCAAUAUGCUCCUGAGGAAGGACUAUGGCAUAUAGGAAAGUGGAAAGAUGACUACAGAGUCUACCAUCUCUCUGAUGGCCUUGCUCUGACUCCGCGUGAGAAGUCCAAGAGGAUCCGAGUGAAUCUGAACUGCGAAGAGGAUGGGGUGGCCUUUUAUGACGCCGAAAGCGCAUGCCUGCUCUUUGAGCGUCUGGACGUCUUGUUUUCCAGAGAGACCUUUCUCCCCUUCUUUUAUGUGGCCAGAAAAGGCGGUCUCAAACUCUCCCCCUAA